UUGAUAUUCACGUUUCAUCUUUCCCUUUCUCUUUCAUUUGAGAACACACGUUCUCUUUCUUCUCCCACCACAAGCCAAUCGACCGGAACCAAGCCAACGCCGGCGAGCUGCGACCGCGACCACUCUCCCUCCAUCCAUCACUGUUUUCAAUUGGGUCUGAGUCAAUACAAAUUUCAAUAGUUUCAAACAUUCAACUUUGGCGACUCUAUUCUACUCAACUCUCUCUUUCUCUGCACUGUUCUACGUUUACGGCAUUUUCGGGGUUGUUGCGUUCUUGCUUCUCUGUGUUGAUGUAUUGCUGCUUCUUGCGUUGGUGUGUUCAGUAAACCAAACAUGAUAAAGAAGGAUUGGGUGGCGUUGCCUCCACAUAGUCAAAGUUACAAGGAUGGUGUUAAUUACUUUUUGGAUAUUGCAUUCACCAAAGGAAUGGUUGAAGAAGAAGAGAUUUUGUGCCCCUGUGCUGUAUGUUGCAAUGAUAGUUGGGAAACCAGAGAUGUAGUGUUCGACCAUUUAUGUAGCAAAGGAUUUGUAAAAGGAUACAUGGAAUGGAUUUAUCACGGUGAAGAUGAAAGUCUUAUGGAUCUUGAUGGUGAUAGUCAUGACGAAACAUCAUCUCAUGAUGAUAUUAAUGGGUUACUUUUUGAGACGUUUAAAGAUGUCGCUGAUGGAGGUAGAGUACAUGAAGGGCUAAAUGAAGAUGCAAAGAAAUUUUAUAAACUAGUUGAUGAUGCAAAUCAAGAGUUGUAUCCUGGAUGUGAAAGUUUUUCCUCGUUAUCAUUCACUAUUCGAAUCUACUUGUUGAAAUGCCUCCAUGGAUGGAGCAAUGCAUCAUUCACUGCUCUCUUAGAAUUGUUGAAAGAGGCUAUGCCAGAUUUGAACAUCCCUGUCUCUUUCAAUAAAACAAAAUCUAUGAUAAAAGAUUUGGGCUUAGACUAUAAAAAGAUUGAUGCAUGUCCCAAAAAUUGCAUGUUGUUUUGGAAAGAGCAUGAGAAAGAUGACUCAUGUCAUAUUUGUGGCGCAUCAAGGUGGAUAGAAUAUCCUGAAGUUGCUAAUGAGCCUGACGAAAUUAAAAAAGCUCACAAGGUUCCCGCCAAAGUUCUAAGACAUUUUCCUUUGAUUCCAAGAUUGAAAAGACUCUUUAUGUGUUCAAAGACAGCCGACACAUUAAGGUGGCACUCAGAUAAGCGUUCAAGGGAUGGGAAGUUAAGGCAUCCGGCCGAUGCCAAAGCAUGGAAAGACUUUGAUGCAAAACAUUCAGAUUUUGCUCGUGAAACCCGUAACAUCAGGCUUGGGUUGGCAAGUGAUGGGUUUAAUCCAUUUAGGACUAUGAGUCUUUCACAUAGUACAUGGCCUGUUGUAUUAACAAUAUAUAAUUAUCCGCCAAAUUUGUGCUUAAAGGCUGAAAAUUGUUUAAUGUCGUUAAUUAUUCCUGGACCGAAGUCACCCGGAAAUGCAAUUGAUGUGUAUUUACAACCACUUAUUGAGGAGCUGAAGAUAUUGUGGAAUGUCGGUGUAGAAACGUAUGAUAUUUCCAAAAAUGAAACAUUUCAAAUGCAUGCAGCUCUUAUGUGGACUGUGAAUGACUACCCUGCAUAUGCUAUGCUAUCUGGUUGGAGUACAAAAGGGAAGUUGGCUUGCCCCGCUUGUAAUCAUAAAACUUCUUCAAGAUACUUAAAACAUAGUCGAAAGAUGUGUUAUAUGGGUCAUCGAGUCUUUUUGGAUUCAAAUCAUGUAUGGAGAUCAAAUUCAACUUCUUUUGAUGGAAAGCCAGAAUAUAGGUCUGCACCUUCUUUGUUAGAUUCAAAAAAGAUUUUAAAAGACUUAAAAAAGAUCCCUGACAUGUUGGGAAAGGAAAAAAAGAAAAAAAGGCUUGGUCCAUUGGGGAAGAAAAAAAAGAAAAAAGGGCUUGGUCCAUGGAAGAAAAAGUCUAUCUUUUGGCAAUUACCAUAUUGGAAGGACAAUUCUUUGCGCCAUAAUUUAGAUGUUAUGCAUAUAGAAAAGAACAUUUGUGAUAAUAUAAUCGGGACUCUCUUGGAGAUUGAAGGGAAGAAAAAGGACCAUGCAAAAGCUCGUUUGGACUUGCAACACAUGGGGAUUAGAAAAAAGCUCCACUUGAAAGCAACGAGUGAUGGUAAGAAAACUCAAAUCCCUAAAGCAUGUUUCUCCCUAACAAAGCAUGAGAAAUCUGUUUUUUGUGGUGUUUUAAAGACAGUAAAACUUCCUGAUGGCCUUGCUUCUAAUAUUUCUCGAUGUGUUCAAGUUAAUGAAGGAAAAGUUUAUGGCUUUGUUCAUUUUUUCGUUGUUUAUGCCAAAAGGUUAUAG